AAUAUCACAUUCAAACAAACAAUAAAAUACAAAAAAAAAAAAUCCCUCUCAUCUCAUCUCCCCCUACCUCCAUAACCUCUGCAUCUCCACAGCGCCCCCUGUUUCUUUGUCCUCUUCCUUCAGAUUUUCACGAGCCCCCUCUCUCUCUCCCACAAUCCCUUUCUUUAAUUUGUUCAGUUUCCCCUUCGUCUUUUCAAAAAAAUUGCCGCUUUCCCCUUCCACUUUCUGCUACUUCUCUCUCAGCUGUUACAAAAAUAUUUAACCAGCCUUCCUCUGGUUCGUUCGUUCUUUCCAACUCCCCAAAACGGCUACCCUUUUCCUCCCUCUUUCAAGUAGAGAGGGGGAAGAAAUUGAGAGAAAAUGGGUAAAGCUGCUAGGUGGAUCAAGAACUUGUUUGGGAUAAAACCAACAACCAGAGGGAGUAAAGAUAGCGAUGAGGGCAAAGAGAAGCGAACUGGGUGUGGCGGAUUCGGGCAUUCUGUGAAGGAUUCGGGGGAGUCGUUGUGUCGAAAUCCGGCAACCAUCCCACCGAACAUUUCUCCGGCGGAAGCCGCGUGGUUGAAGUCUUAUUACUCUCAGACGGAGAAGGAGCAGAGCAAGCACGCCAUUGCGGUUGCUGCUGCCACCGCUGCCGCGGCGGAUGCCGCCGUCGCGGCUGCCCAGGCUGCCGUCGCGGUCGUCCGGCUCACCAGCCACGGCAGGGGCACGAUGUUCGGCGGCGGCAGCCACGAGCGGUGGGCUGCUGUCAGGAUUCAAACCGUGUUUAGAGGUUUUUUGGCGAGAAAGGCGUUGAGAGCUUUGAAGGGAUUGGUGAAAUUACAGGCGCAUGUGAGAGGUUAUUUAGUGAGGAAACAAGCGACGGCAACUCUUCACAGUAUGCAAUCUUUAAUCAGGGCACAAGCCGCUGUUAGGUCUCAGAGAGCUGCUGCGCGGAAUCGAUUAGAAAUUCGAGCUCGGAAAUCAAUGGAGAGAUUUGACGAGAUGAGAAGCGACCAUUCAGCUUCAGUCCACCACAGUCGGAGGCUCUCUGCUCCUCUAGACGGCGGAAUGAUAAUCGACGCCGGCAGCAAUCUCGCUGUCGCCGAUGAAACGCCGAAGAUUGUGGAGAUGGAUACAGGGAGCAGGCCCAGGUCGCGAUCUCGACGAUGUACAAACAUCUCGCCAUCCUCUGUUCCCGAUUUCGGCGACGACCCGCCGCCGCCGGUGUUUGUGCACUACCCUACCACUGUGUCUUCUCCGCUGCCGUCGCGGGUGCCUCACCGGCUGUCGAUCCCCGACCACCGGAACUUCCACGACUACCCAUCUUCCGACUGGGGGCUGACCGGCGACGAGUGCAGAUUCUCCACGGCCCACAGCACCCCUCGGUUUCUGAACCCGGGGGCAGGGUGCUGCGGCGGCGACGGGGGAGUCAACAACGCGCCUGCUCCCUUGACUCCGGCGAAGAGCAUCUGCGGUGGGGAGAAUUUCUUCCGGUCGCCGUACGGCGGCUACCACCCAAACUACAUGGCGAACACGCAGUCGUUCAGGGCGAAAUCGAGGUCCUACAGCGCGCCGAAGCAGAGGCCGGAGCCGGUGUCGGCAGGGACGCCGACGGCGGGGAAAAAGAGAGUGUCUUUGAACGAAUUGCUGGAGUCGAGGAGCAGCUUGAGCGGGGUGAGGAUGCAGAGGUCGUGUUCAAAAGCCCAGGACGCCAUUAAUUUCAAGAAUGCGGUGAUGGGGAAGCUUGAUCGGUCGUCGGAUUUCGGCAGGGAAAGGGAGGUUUUGCAAUUACAGCAGAGAUGGUGACGAUUUGCAGAAGGAAACCCAAUUAAGGAGAUUUGAUUAUAUGAUUGUUAAUUAGGGUUAUGGUGAUGGUGGAUUAACAAAGGAGAAAACUGUAACGGUCACCUGAUCAGUGAUUGAAUAGAGUUUUAUAUAAAUCUUCCCCAUUAAUGUUGGAGCUGCAUCCUACAAAUAUCACAAUGAGAUGCAGAUUGUAGAAUUGUUAAUGUUCAUCAAUGGGAGAAAGAAGAAACUUGCUU